CCCAUAGUUAAUAAUAUGUACGAGAAAGCAUUAACAAUAGGAACUUCAAAAGUUAAUAAUGCAUAUGAGUGGCAAAAAGUGAGUUAUAGCAAAAAUCACGCAGCGGCAACGCAACAACAGUCAACAGUCAAAACAAAACAACAAAAACCCAGUAAAACUAUUAUAAGCGGUGCAAAAAAUGCAACAAAAACGCAUAUUGAAAAUAAACCGUCAACAACAACAACAACACCACAGACAAUACCAACAACUGCAAUAAAAGCAGAUACUACAGUGUUAGCGGCUACGUUUAAAAAGAACUUUGGGAACACAGCUCGUCGUCAAACACUUGCUCAUCAGAUUAAAAGAGCACAUCGUCAUUUAUUGACAAGUGGUGGCAACGAUAAGCAACCACCAAAACAACAACAACGUAAUAAAAAACAAAAAAUAACAACAACACCUGCAACAAAGAAGCAAGGAAAACCUGCCAAGAGUCCUAAAGACUUUUCGAAACAAAAAAGUGAUAAUCAAAAACAAAAGCAAAAGAAGCAGCAGGUGAAGCAACAACAACAACGCAAACGUGGCAACUCUGGCAUACAAUCGGAAUUGUCUUCGCGUUGGUGUUCCAUCGAGGAACAAUUGAAUGUGCUUGAUAAUCUGCUACACUACGAUGAGCAAACGGAAUUCUACAUAGCAGAGCUUUACGAGAAAUAUCAGCAGCAGCUGCUCUGCGAGCCCGACUGCGAGUCCUCUGUGUGCAGCUCAGACAUUUGCAGCUGGAGCGACUACGAACUGGAUAUGUCGCACAACAACAGCGCCGAUGACGAUGCACUCUCCAGCACCAGCGGUGCGGGCAGCAGUAGUCACAGCCACACUAACAAUUCAUCACCGCUUGUGCCAGCCUCACUAAAGCGUCGCGGUCAUCAACACCAUCCACGCUUUGCCGGCACACGGCGGCCCAAUGUACCAAACGUCCAAGAAAUACUAGCCGCCCUCUAUCGUGGCGACUCCAAAGGCGUGCUGUCCAAAGUGCGCGGCGAGGUAGUCGAGCCCGAACCAGAACCAGAGCCCACUGCUGUGUCUAGUCGCAGUACACUCAGCUUGCCUUUGAGUGAAUCGGUGACAAAUUCCUUGGGCAGCAACAGUCCCACGCCCACCGAUGACAGCAGUAUGCUGGAUGAUGUUACUACAACGCCAGCCACAGCCGCAGCAGACGCUGCUGCAGCCGGCAGUGAACAACAGGCUGUUCCCACAGGCAAAAAGAAGAAAAAGCGCGACAAGGGCGAAAAAUCUGACAAGGACAAGGACAAAUCUGAGCGCAAAAAGAAAUCUUCAUCAUCAUCUGGCAAACGGGAACGCAGCAAGCGCCAAUCCGCUGCUGGUGUCAUGGAAGCCAGCAGCGAUAGCAUGGCCACAGAUCUAAGUGCAGGCGCCAUUGAUGAAGGAAUUGUGUUAAAUGCUGAAGAUGAUGACACACAGUCCGCCGAGUGGGCCUCGCUACGCUGCACCAGUGAAGCUGCUGAAGUAGUCGCCGAGCGUGAGGUGCGCCGCAACAAGGGCCGUUGUGCCGAUUAUCCGGGUCUGGCUUUUGGGCGCUCCAUCUUCAGUUCAGACACAAUGAUGAAGUUCAACAUCAUACGCAACGAACUGCAUAACAUCAUGAAUACGCAACUGAAGCGGGCUGAAUCUGAGGUCGCUGCAUUGAACCGUCGCAUUCAAUUGCUCGAAGAAGACUUGGAACGCUCUGAGGAGCGUUUGGGUUCCGCCACAGCCAAGCUGUCGGAAGCUUCUCAAGCCGCUGAUGAGAGCGAACGGAUACGAAAAGCGCUUGAAAAUCGCACAAAUAUGGAAGAUGACAAAGUAGCUCUCUUGGAGAAUCAAUUAGCACAAGCAAAAUUAAUUGCAGAAGAAGCUGAUAAGAAAUAUGAAGAGGUGGCCAGAAAACUUGUGCUCAUGGAACAGGAUCUGGAGCGUUCCGAAGAGAAGGUUGAGCUUAGCGAAAGCAAAAUUGUGGAGCUUGAGGAGGAGCUGCGCGUUGUUGGCAACAACUUGAAGUCCCUGGAAGUCUCUGAGGAGAAGGCCAACCAACGUGAGGAAGAGUACAAGAACCAAAUCAAGACCCUGAACACUCGUCUAAAGGAGGCUGAGGCUCGCGCUGAAUUCGCUGAACGCUCCGUUCAGAAAUUGCAGAAGGAAGUCGACAGGCUCGAAGACGAGAUAAUCGCCGAAAAAGAACGUUACUGCCACAUCGGCGACAGUCUCGACGAAGCCUUCGUCGAUAUGGUCAAGGGCCUGGAACCAUUCUGGACAGUGCGCAAUCCGCGUCCACACACGCCCACGCCAACGCCCGAAGAGUUGGCGGCCAGGGAGGAGGCACGACUUGCAGCAGAGGCGGCCGCUGAAGCUGCUGCCGCUGCAGCUGCAGAAAGCGGAGAAGGCGCCGCUGAAGGUGCCGUUGAAGGUGCUGAGCCAGGCGCACCAGGAGAGCCAGCAGCGGCUAAGGAACCCACACCACCACCAAAGGAACCAACUCCGCCGCCACCACCCCCACCACCAUUUGAUUACAACAUCGAUUUGCCACCAGAGGGCGCUGAGGUGCCAUUCGUGAAGAACUAUGAGGCACCACCACCCGGCUCUGAGCCAGAGCCAGAGCAAGCACCUGAGGAGGUUGCUCCUGCUGCUGCUGCUGAUGGCGCCGCACCAGCCGCUGAAGGCGCUGCACCAGCUGCUGAAGGUGAUGCGCCAGCUGCUGAGGCUGCGCCCGCUGCUGAAGGCACUGAGCCUGCCGCUGCUGCAGCAGAGGUGGCUGCUCCGGCUCCUGCUGCAGAGGAAGCCGCUCCAGCUCCUGCUGAAGCACCAGCAGCUGAAGCGCCUGCAGCGGAGGCAGCUGCUCCUCCGGCUGAAGGCGAGGCACCACCAGCGUAAAUCAACGACAAUACGACAACUCGAAUCCGAACUCAUCCGAUACGACCUGAAACUGAAACGUUCUGCUAUGCUAGACACUAAUCCUGCUACUCACAGCUGCCACAAAACGCUGCCCUGCUUUUAAUUAUAGUUUAAUGAAGCACGUUUUAGCAAACAAAUAUUUAUGAUUUGACAUUUAUUAAAAACAAAAUGAUGUUAACCGCAGCAUUGCGAAAACCAAACGCGCUUAACUGGCUGUAA